AUGGCUGGGUUCAAUGGCCUGAGCACGAGCCUGAUGUACGGGCAGUUCGGCAUGAUGGCUGUACUCGCCGCCGCCACGGGCAUGUGGCAGGUGUACCGAAAUCAAGUCGUGUCGAGCGUGAAGCGUGAGUGCAAGAAGCAAGGCAAGAGCUACGGAAUACCGCUCAUGUUCCACUCGCCGGACAGCGUGCCGCGGAAGUUCAUUCAGUACGGCUACCGCUCUUCCUACCUCGGCACCUGCAUCAUCUAUGCCUGGGUGGCUUUGCCCUUGGCCGGCUAUGUGGUGAUGAUCUGGGGCCUCUACAUCGCCUAUGCCAUCUCUGAUGGCAUCUACUUCCCGCCAGGCGCGGAUUACUGGAAGGAGCAAUUUGGCACCUGGGACGGCCUGAUGAUGCCCUGGUGCAUCUGGUUCACCCUGGUCCACGUCCUCGCCGGCAUCGCCUCGAAGUUCUACACGGCCAUGAACUCGCAGUCAAUGCUGCCCUGCACCAACAUGGAGGAUGCCACUCACUUGAUUGUGGACGAGGAUACCUAUGUUGACCCAGAUGAUGUGGAAGAUCCCGAUGAGCUCAAGGGCGAGGACACCUGGUUCCUCGAGAAGAUUGCUUCCGUGCAGGCGCGCGUGAAACGCGCAUCGACGCGGCAGGUCAUGCCGAUCUCAGAGGACGACGAUGGAACGCGGCAUGUGGAGUACACUUGCGUCCGCUAUGUCUACAGCCAGCCUGGCAUGCUUGAGUUUGCUGUGACGCUCUCCCGGCGAGUUCCGGGGCUGGGCGUUGAGCCGCGGAAGCUCUUGGCGAUCGGUGCCGCCAACGCGUGGAUCAACUGGACAGAGGUUGAGGCCUCCUCCAAACGCCGGCACCCCUGGACUGCCGUCACGUUGGAUCUGCUGGAAUUCGGGCCCUUGAUGUUGCAAGGAGGCUUUCAGGCGGCCUUGAAUCGCUAUGCGGGGGAGCUGCAGGCCGCCCUGGCGGAACACCGUCCUGCUGCUCUCCUGGUGGCCUCCAAGGGCCUGAAUCUUCUCACACACCUGCUCGAAACGCGGAGCUGGUCUGGGCCGGCCGUGCUGCUAUCGCCGAUCCCGAAUAGCUGCGACCAUAUCGCGGCGGGCAACGAGAGCUGGGAGGCACAAUGGUUGGACAGUCUGCGCAUCUUGCGGCGACACAACCCAGCCCCUCUUGUCAUUGGGGUGGGAAGCAGCUCGGAUGAGCAGAUGCUGAUACUGGACAUGAUGGAGGAUGUCGGGACUUGUGGAUCAUUGGUCCGGCGCGACUUUGCCACCAGCACCGGGGCCUGGUUUCAGGACUGUCAGAACUGGGAGGUCUACGUCUUCCCGGGCGACCAUGACUGGAAGCAGGACCCAUCAAAUUCGGUGCAUGUAGCCUCGCUGGUGGACCGGGUCUUUCGCCUGAUGGAGGCGUCUGUGCAGUGCGAUGAGUCUGAGUCCUUCGUGCCCAUGGGUUUGUUGGUCCCCGAUGCCCAGGAGGCUCACCGGGUCCUGAAGCAGGGUGGGCUUUCCGAAGACGAGGCGGCACAGGCCCUGUCCUCAUGUGGCGAGAACACGAUCCACGUCCAUGUGCCAGGAUUCAUCGAAGCUUUGGGAACUGAGUUUUCGGAUUUCACGUACAUCUUCAACUCCAUCGGAAGCUGGGCAUACGUUGCCUACUCCACCUGGAACAUCGGAUUUGUUUGGAUUAUGAUGAUGCUGGGCUCCGGAAUUUAUCGGGCUCUCUUCAUCGUCCGCCCGAAUCAGAAGAAGAUCGCAGACAUGGCGUCCAUGAAGCAAAGCUGUACUGUCUUCCGAGAGAACCAGUGGAAGGAAGUCGACGUGUCCGAGAUCGUGCUGGGAGACAUCGUCAAGGUGCAGGAUGGAAGCGACGCGAAGCUGCCUUGCGACGGCGUCCUCGUAUCGGGCAGCCUCAUCGUGAACGAGUCGAUGCUUACAGGCGAGCCGAUGCCUAUUGCCAAGUCUCCGGUGGAGGACAACACCCACUACAAGAUCACGGACAAGUUGAACAAGGCCUACGCAGGCACGCUUGCCUUGGAGUCUACGGGGCCGGCCCAGGGGAAGGCCAUGAUCUACUGCACGAACGUCGGUGCACUGACGACCCGAGGUCAGUUGGUCCGCAUGGUGCUCUUCCCUGCCUCAGUGAAGUUCAAGUACAACGACCAGCUCCCCAUGGUGUAUGGCAUCAUGAGCAUCUAUGUCACGAUCAUCGUCCUCCUGCUGAUCUUCUGCGCCGACAUCGGCUCCGCUGUGGCAACGUACCUGACGGUUCUCUGCACCGUGGCGAUGGCUCUGAACCCGAUGAUGCCUGUGUCCAUGGUCAUGGGGCAGUCGGUGUCCGCUGGGCGCUUGGACAACAUGAAUGGCGAGUAUCAGAUCAAGUGCCUGCAGCCGGGAAGGAUCCCCAUUGCCGGGAAGAUCUCGACCAUGGUCUUCGACAAGACUGGGACGAUCACGAAAGGAGGAAUGGACUUUGCGGGUGUCAUCGGAGCGGCUGGGGGGCGCUUCAACCAGCGCGUGGAGUUCGACGACAGCGACCCGGAGAGCAUCCAAAACCGCGCCAAGGUGGACGACCAGAUGACAGUGCCGCCAGUGCUUCGCCGGGCCUUGGCGGUCUGCCACACCGUGAAGAAGCUGGGAUCCACUGGUGCUUUGGUUGGAAACCAGGUGGAGUGCGCGAUGGUGCGCACGGUGGGCUGGAAGCUGGGCAACAAGGAGAUGAUUUCACCUCAGGGAGAGGUGCUGAAGGUGGUGCGGGAGCUGGAGUUCGACCACCACAGCAUGACGAGCGGAGCAGUUGCCAGAGAUGCCCAAGGACGGCUGGAGGUCUUCAUCAAAGGCAGCUAUGAGAAGAUCAAGUCCCUCGCUCAACCUGCCUCGGUGCCGUGGGACUACGAUCAGGUGACCAUGCAGUGCGCCAAGGACAACUACUACACCCUCGGCAUCUCCUAUAAGGAGCUGCCUCCGAUGACAGACGAUCAGGUUCGCAACACGCCGCGAGAGCAGCUGGAAUCCUACGUCAAUGUUUGCGGGCUCCUCCUCUUCCGAAACGAGAUGAAAGCCGACUCUCCCGAAGCCAUCGAGAGCCUCAAAGAAGGCUCUGUCCGCUCUGUGAUCUGCACCGGAGACAACGAGCUCACAGGAAUCGCCAUCGGCAGGGCGUGUGGUAUUGUGACGUCUGACAAGUGCCUGCGCGGCACAGUCGAGAACGGUCAGCUGGCUUGGAACGAUCCUGACGACGACAAGCGCCGAGUCUCUCCGGACAGCGACCCGAACAGUCAGCUGGCCUUGACUUGCGCGGCGUGGAGGCAUCUCUAUACCACCGAGACCAAGACGCUCGAGGAGCUCUGGCCCCGGUGUGUGGUCUUUGCCCGCAUGAAGCCGGACGACAAGAUCAACGUGGUCAAGUACCUGCAGAGCCGCGGAUUGGUGGUCGGCAUGGCGGGCGACGGCGGCAACGACUGCGGCGGCCUGCGCGCCGCGCAUGCCGGCUUGGCACUGUCGGAUGCCGAGGCUUCGAUGGUGGCGCCUUUCUCCACGGGCCGUCCGGGCAAAGGCGCGGCCAGGAAUGAUAUCUCCCUGACCACGGUGCCGGACCUCAUCCGCGAAGGCCGCGCUUGCUUGGCCACGAACAUGGCGACCUUUAGCUACUUCAUGGUCUACGCCUUCUUGCUGACCACGAUCCGAACUUUCUUCGUGAUCUUCAAGAACCUCAGCCUUGGCGAGUGGGUUUGGAUGACGAACGACAUCGGCGUUGGUGUGGUCAUGAUGUACUUCAUGACCCAGUCGCGUGCGCGCCCGGAGCUGGCCAAGUUCCGGCCCACGGCCACUCUCCUCGGCCUGCGAACCAUCUCAGCCGUCGUGGUUCCCUACGUCCUCGGCAGCAUGAUUCUGAACGUCGGAAUUCUGAUCCUUCACGGCCAAGCAUGGUACGACGUGCUGAACCCGAACUGGAUCCACAUCCGCGCUCAGUACUGGAUGAACAAGGGCGACAACUACGACAGUGCUAUCGGGGUCCUCGCGCUUUUCAUCGUGCUCUCCACGACAGCCUACGUCAACACCUAUGGAGGCGAGUUCCGCCGCUCGAUCUUCCGCAAUGUGGGUAUCAACGUGACCUACCUCCUGCUUUCCGGCAAGGCCAACAUCGGGGUUGAGUCCUAUGUCUUGCUGCGCCCGCUCUUCUGCAGCCUUGCGGGCAUUGGCCUCUUGCCCUGGCUCGCCGCAGAUGACAGCCUGAUGUGGGGCCGAUGGAAGGCCCUUGCGGAUGCCCUGCCGCAGGAGGAGGGCCUCCGGGAGGUCUUGGACCAAAGCUGGCGCGAGGCGAAGGAGUCGGUUCGUCGGCAAGGUACUCCGACCGAUGGUGCCUUGCCACAGGGCGCGCACGCAGAGUUCCAGAACAGCGAGCUGACGGCCUUUCUCCUCCUGCUCUGCGCUGCGCGCGCCGCUGGCGCCAAGGAAGUCGAGGAGUACCUGAACCCGGUGUUGGCGCUGCUGGAGUGCUCACCGCUCCUCUGGUACAGCGCGAUGCCCAUCUUGCGCAAGGGCCUCCCUGCCAACUCAUGUGAGCUCGCCGCUUUCGAAGCAGGCUACCUCGGCUGCAUGAAGAGAUGCCUGCACGGAGCACGCUGGCGGCUGCAAGAGGCUUCAAUCCUGAAGCCCCGGCGAAUGCGUCAGCCAGAGACUCUGUAUUCUUUUGCAAGGUUUGUCGUUCUCUUCAUUGGUGUAGCCCUGGGAUGCAAACAUGACGAGCGGAAUGACCUGUACUUCAUUGCGUUCAGGGAGUACAUCAAGAGUAUCACGCUGGCCUCGAGCGAUGCUGUUGGCGUGGAGGAAGCCAGAAAGACCUACGUGCGGAAUUUCGAUGUCGUGACAGAGAUGUGCUUGACGUGGACUCACCGGUCAUUUCGCUGGCUGCCGCUUUACAGGCUCUUAGGAUAUUGGAUGCAGACCAUUCUAUGGGAAAGGCCCGACAUCUGCUUUGGCCGGAACUUGUCCGUGGACGUCCAAGUGGAAAACUGCAUCGCAAGCACUUCGAGCGCUGAAGCGCUGGACUCUCAAAGUUCGCCUUUGCACCUGGCGGCGAAGCAUGGACAGGUACCGGUCUGCCAGGCUCUGCUCGAGGGCGUGGCGGGCAGCCUGACGCGCAAGGACAGACGCGGCUACACAUCGCUCCAUCAUGCAGCAAUGUAUGGGCAGGAGGAGGUGGUUUCUCUCCUCCAGUCCGACAGCGUGGGCUCCAUGGGGGAUGGCAUGGCCUUCCAAGACUGCCUUGAAGACGGCGACCGCGUGGUUCGAGUGCAGUGGUAUUCCCGCGCGGCCCAGGGCUCCGGUGGUGCGCUGGCGACCCACUCCCUGGUUGUCGUCACGACGGAUGCCGGCCGCGCCUACAUUAUUGAAAAGGCCGCAAUGGACAACGAGAACUCGGAGGAUCAGUUUCGCAACGGCGUGCUCGUCUCCGACAUCCGAGGCCUUCACUACUUUGGGACGUUGGUGAGCAGCCUCGGCCCCGCGGAAAUCAAAGAGGCGCUGACGCCCCGGCAGCUGUGGCAGGCGGCUGUGGACACUGGACCUUAUUCCUUGGGGCGGGCCAACUGCCAGCACGCCGCUGAGGCCAUGUUCACGACCGCCCGGGCGGCCGCGCUGCCUCUGCCGCCAAAGCCCAACGAGAACGGAAUCCGCUAUCUCCAAAACCUGGUCGAGCUUUCUGGGCUCUGCUGCACGUUCUUCCACAGCUCCUCCGAGUCGGUGGAGUCGCGGACCUGGGCCCUGCUGGCCUGGUUUGGCCUCAUUUCUACCCGGGAGGCCUCGCGGAGGUGA